AUGGAUCCUGCUUCGGCGUCUGUUGCGUUUAUCGGCUUCGCUGCCAGCCUCACAACACUUGCUGGCCUGGUGGUCGAUUCCGUCCAGACCCUAUCCGAGCUUCGUCGCCGACUGAUUCAUGCCCCUGAAGAGCUCGAGCGGCUCUUGUCCGUGCUUCGGCAGCACAAGUCGAUUCUGCUUGAACUUCGAGAUCGCAUCAGGGUGUUUACGCCGGAGGAGCUUCCCGCUGAGCUACGCCAAUUUUGGGAGGAAAACAAUACACAGAUGGCCGCAGACUAUGCACGGUUGAAAGAGCAUGCGGAAAAGAUACGGACCACGUUCCAAGAGACGACGAUUACAAAGAAAUCUGUACGAGCUUGA